AUGGGCUGGUGCUGUCUUACAAUUCAUUUAUGUCACUCUUUUUUCCUAUGCUCCAAGGAUAUCAAGGUUAAAUCUAUGAAGUUGGUGGCAAUAUUGGAUGUUGGGUUUCUUGGGGUAGUAAUAGCUGUGACUAUGCUAACAGUCCAUGGAAGUCUAAGGCUUACCUUUGUAGGCAUUUUAUGUGCAGCAUUGACUAUUGGCAUGUAUGCAGCACCUCUAGCUGUCAUGAGAACAGUGAUAAAUACAACGAGUGUGGAGUACAUGCCUUUUUUCCUAUCAUUUUUCCUCUUCCUCAAUGCUGGAGUUUGGUCGGUCUAUGCUCUCCUUGUCAAGGAUAUUUUCAUCGGAGUACCAAAUGCAAUUGGAUUUAUAUUGGGCUCGGCCCAACUAAUCCUCUAUUUGGUGUACAAGAACAAAUCAUCCUCAGCAAAAUCAAAAGAUGAAAUGGAAGAAGAAGAAGAAGAAGGAUCAGCCCACCUUGUCAAAACGUCCAUUGAAAUGCAAGACCUUGACGACCACGACGACCUGAAAAGUACAAAUCGAAACCUCAACAAAGGAAGGAGCCUCCCGAAGCCAUUGGUUUCUCGGCAAUACAGCAUCAACAAAAUCAUGAAAACAUUUUCUCUUCACCCAUAUGAGUUGAAUUCUGGCUCACUCCAUGAAAAUGAUGUUGAAAAUGGAAGCACCAAGGAUCACCCUUGAUUUCCAAAAAUAAAAUCUACUGAACAAUGGGCCUAAUAUAAA